UAAUGGUAAAAUAUCAAUUUACAAGUUAAGAUGCUGAAGAAUAGAUCAAUUUAAAUACAAAGUUUUAAGAAGUUAUUCUAAGAUAAGCAAAAGUCAUAGAAUAAUUACAAUAAGAUAAUGAUUUUCUAAAAUAAUAAAUUAAGGAACUCACUUUAUAAUUAGAAAAUACUGACUGCAAACAAAUAAAAUAAAUUACUUAAUUUAAAUUCAAUGAAGACUAAAAAUAAGAGGCUUCUAUUGAUUCUUCUAAUCAAUUAGAAAAAUAAAUUGUUUAAAAAAACUAAGGCACUCUUUUUAAUUCAAUUAAUACCAAUACUACACUCUAAUAACCAAAUGAACCUAAUUUUAACCAAAAUCUUGAUAAUUUAAUAAUUAGAUUUAAAACUGCUUCAAAUUAGCCUGGAAAUUUAUUUCAUUCAAAUAAUAUUUUUUAAGAUUCUCCUGGUAAAAAUUAACAAUUAAAUGAAGAAUCUAUAUUUGGUGGUCAUAUUUUUUAAUAGUUGUAAAAUAAGGAAUAAUUUAAUUAGCAACAACCAUAAUAAUAAUAGAAUCUUUUUUCUAAUGACGAUCAACCAUAAUCAUAAAAUUCAAACCUAAUUGAAUUUUAAGAAGAAGAAAUUUAAUUCUUUGGAGCUCCAUCAAAAGAAUUAAAAAUUUUCUUAAAAAAUUAAAAUGAAUUUUAGGAAAAGGUUGAACAAUCAAAAGAUAUUGAUAAAUUAUCAAGUGAUGUCUAAUUAAUUAAUAAUAAUAGUUAAGAAUAAAAUUAACAACCAGAAUUGUUGAAUGAUUCAUCAUAAAAUCCUAAUUUAUCUAAAAUGAGUUCAGAUAAAGAAGUUGAGAUCUUGUAACCUGAAAAUAUGAAUUAAGGAUCAAAUUGAGC